AUGUCCCAGACCGAAGCAAACCCGCCCCAGGCGGCGGCAGCGGCGGCAUCAUCAGCCCCCUUCCCCCCGCCCACCAUCCUCACACUCAGCAAAUGCACGCUCCGCAACCUCCACCCAGCCGACGCGGCCGCGAUCCAAGCCGCCUGCGACUCGCCCGCCAUGGCCAAGUACAUGUCGUACCGGUUCAAGUCGCCCUACACGAUGGAGGACGCGCACAACUGGAUCGCCUUCGCCAGCGCCUUCAAGGCGCCGGGUUCCGACGUGGUACCCUCGCUGGCCAUCUGCGACCCCGUCACCAACGUGCCGAUCGGCGGGAUCGGGAUCAAGGUCAAGACCGAUGUCGAGGAAUUUUGCUUCGAGGUCGGGUACUGGACUGAGGAGAAGGUCUGGGGCAAGGGGAUUAUGACCGAGGCGUUGCGGGCGUAUUCGAAGGACGAGAAGGAAGGCGGGGACUAA